CCGGUCUAAAGGGUCUAUAAUGUUAUGUCCUCCAUAUUGUUUUAAACCUACUUUUCUGUAACAAGAAACUAUGUCUUACAGUAUGUAUUAUUUAUUGUAUUUUGUUACAUUUAUUCUUUGAAAAACUGAUUAAGGUCAGGUUUCCUAGUUUAUAAUGGUCAGUUCAAUUGUCAGCAUUCACAGAUUCUAGGUAGAAUGUUUAGGAGUUUGUGUUUUUCAUUACAAAUAUAUAGUGAUAAAGUUACAAAUAUCAUUUGUUCUUUGUUUAAGAAAUGUGUAUCCUAAAGGAUUAGUUCACUUCAGAAUUAAAAUUUCCUGAUAAUCUACUCACUCCCAUGUCAUCCAAGAUGUUUGUCUGUCUUUCUUCGGUCGAAAAGAAAUUACGGUUUUUGAGGAAAACAUUCCAGUAUUUUUUUCCUCCAUAUAGUGGACUUUACCGGGGUACAACGGGUUGAAGGUCCAAAUUGCAGUUUCAAUGCAGCUUCAAAGGGCUCUACACGAUCCCAGCUGAGGAAUAAGUGUCUUAUCUAGCGAAACAAUUGGUCAUUUUCAAAAACAAAAAAUAGUAAUGUAUAUACUUUUUAACCACAAUGCUCCUCUUGCACUAGCUCUGCGAUGCGCCACGCAUUACGUAAUCACGUUGGAAAGGUCAAGCGUGACGUAGGUGAAAGUACCGAUCCAGUGUCUACAAAGCAUACAUGGAGAAAAAUCCUGGAAUGUUUUUCACAAAAACCUUAAUUUCUUUUCGACAAAGAAAGACAAAGAGGUGCUGGGUUUUGUAAGCUACAUUUUGUGUUUGUGUUGAAUGCCUUGGACACUAUCAAAGUUAUUGCUGCUUCCCUGAAGAAAUGGCUGCUCAUCAUUUCAUUUUAGGACAUUUCAAGAGCUCAUAUACAGUUGUGGUCAGAAUUAUUGGCACCCUUGAUAAAUAUGAUCAAAGAUGACUGUAAAAAUAAAUGUGCAUUGUUUAUCCUUUUGAUCUUUAAUUCAUAAAAUUAGCAAAAAUCUAACCUUUCAUUGAAGGAAAAGAAUUGAAAGUGGGGGGGAAAUCAUGUUAUGAAAUAAAUGUUUUUCUCCAAAACACGUUGGCCACAAUUUUUGGCACCCUUUUAUUCAAUACUUUUUCUUCAGCUAUCUCUUUAAUUCUGUUAGCCAUGCAACAUAGACAGCCUUGUAUUUGUAUUCCAAUAAACAUUAAUUAGCUAACAACAAAAAGCUUUAUAAUAAAUAACAUCUUGCUUUUAAUUUAUUCCUGAGAACAGAUAUUAUUAUGCAUGUGAUUGAAAUUCCCAUGUUGUCAUUACCAAUGCAGAUGCAUUUGCAGGUGCAGGGAAUUGUGGGUUAAGGGCAUUUUGUCAUGUGGAGUUACUAAAUAAUAAGAAUCUAAAUCUGACGCCACUUUGAUUUUUCAAGGAUGUGUGAGCUUUUGUUAAACCAUGAAGUUUGUGCUACAGCCCAAUUAAUACGGUUUAUUAUUUUCUGAAGUUCAUUGUACUGCAUUACAACAUUAUUUCUGGUAUAUUAAAGUUUACAUGUAUAUGAAAUGUUUACAGGAAUAACUAUUUUGAAUUCAUUUCAGAAUUUCUUCAUUUCUUAGUGUGCAAAAUGACAUGAAUCUAUGUUAUUCAGACAUUAUUUGAGAAUAGAAUUUCUAAUGACCUUUUCUGUUUAAAUUUGAUUUUAAGUCUUAAGUGGCAUUAAAUAAUGAGUUUGUCCUUUUAGUUAGGGUUAUUUUUUCUUUAAAAAAACUGAGUCAUCCUAGUUUUAUUUAUUUGUCAUGACAUUAGACAAAGGCAUUAUGCAUUUACACAAACUGAGGCAGAGAUGUUCUUGAAAUCCCACUCUGAUUUUCAUCAUGAUUUCAUCAGACCUCUCAAACAGUGUUAGCUUUCCUGUUCACUCUGGAUGGGCUCACUGCAGACUGCUGAGACACAGGCUCUCUGCUCAAACACAGACAGAGAGAUCCGGAGAAAGGAAAAAAGACUUCAAAGGGAAUUUAAUGCUUUUUAUCGAAGCCUGUGCCUUGGCUGUUUGCAGAACUCUCCCAUUUUUGUUCAUGUUCUCUCUCUCUCUCUCUCUCUCUCUCUCUCUCUCUCUCUCUCUCUCUCUCUAUCAUAAAUAUGCAUCUGCCGUAGACAAUGAUUUGAGCGAGAGAAGCUGGUCUUUCAUAUCAUGUAUACCCAGCUUUUUUCCUUCCCCACUCUCUCCUGUCUUCAUUAUAUGUGUUUUAUUCAUCUUGCAUAUUUAAAUCUUUAUUUGUCUCUCUCUCUGACUUUGUAUUUCUUAAUCUGCCCAUCUCUGUUAGAAAAAAUGUGGCAUAAUAAUAAUCAAAGUUGACGUUACCCCCUUAGGCAACCUGACUUAAAAUCCUUGACCUUUCAAACCCCCUCCAAUAACCAACUUUUUUUCUUUAAAUAAAUGGGUGUAACAAUAAAUACAAGGCUUAGAUAUCAUUCAUCCCCACAGUACCCCGCCAAAAAAGGAGGGUGUUUUCCCAAAGCCAAAGAAAAAGGAUCAGAGAACAAUAUCAUCUGCAUUUGGCCUCAACUUCAUUGGCUAGUGGAAAGAAGGUCAAAGAAACGAACCUAAUUGAUUGGCUGCAGGGAAGUAUAUGUACAUUCUGAUUGGAGAAGAGGUACGAGAGGGUCUUUUAUAGCUGAUGGCGGCUUGGUCUGCUGGUGAGAGGGAUUAAACCCUGUGAUUGGGCACGCUACCAGAGACAUGCAGCUGUUUCACAGAGAGAAAGAGAGGGGGAGGUCUCAAUCCCCUCCCAAUGUUGAGCAGUAGAGUUGUGUGUGAGGUACUUGGGGUGUAAAGAUGUGUGAGGGGAAGCGUUUUCAUCUGUGUGUCGCGACCAAUGCUCAUUUCAGCUUCACGUUCCUUCAGAUUGAGCUGCAGUAGACAUAUUUUUCGGAUUAAUUCAAUGCUUUUCAUCAGACCAUUCCUGCAGCAGCUCUGAAACUUCAGCUGGAAGUACCUGUCAGGCCUUGAAAUAGUCUUGUUAUAGCUGCCGUUUGUGAUGAGAACAUUCGUUAAUGGAGUUCUGAAACAUUCGAGCUGUUGCGGCGGUGAAUCUGUGUAUCUCCUUGAUUUGAUAUUGUAUGAAUGAGCAGCCAUUUCUCCUAAGGAACCGUUAACAUGAGCAGUGGUUCAGGAGUGAUCACGUAACUUCCUUUUGUGUCUUUGGUUGCUGGUUGAUCAGAUACAGAGACUUUGCAAUUGUUUAGGGAUUGUUUUAAAGGGUCAGACAUGGAUGUGAUGACUGCAUGUUGGAGAGGGCAGGAGGAGCAGGCUGCCAAAGCGAAGGCUGAGAAAAUCCGUGUGGCGCUAGAGAAAAUUAAAGAAGCCCAAGUGAAAAAGCUGGUGAUACGUGUGCACAUGUCAGAUGAGAGCUCAAAGACCAUGAUGGUGGACGAGAGGCAGACAGUCAGGCAGGUGCUGGAUAGUCUGCUGGAUAAAUCUCACUGCGGUUACAGUCCAGACUGGGCCCUGGUUGAGACCAUACCUGAGCUACAGAUGGAGAGAAUAUUUGAAGACCAUGAGAACCUUGUUGAAAACUUGCUCAACUGGACCAGAGACAGUCAGAACAAACUCAUGUUUAUUGAGCGGAUUGAAAAGUAUGCACUUUUCAAAAACCCACAGAACUAUUUACUUGGGAGGAAGGAGACCUCUGAGAUGGCAGACAGAAACAAGGAGGCACUGCUGGAGGAAUGUUUUUGCGGAAGCUCAGUGUCUGUUCCUGAAAUUGAAGGAGUGCUGUGGUUGAAGGAGGAUGGUAAAAAGUCUUGGAAGAAGCGCUACUUUCUGCUGAGGGCAUCUGGCAUCUAUUUUGUGCCGAAGGGCAAAGCUAAGGCUUCCAGAGAUUUGGUGUGCUUCCUGCAGUUGGACCAUGUUAAUGUUUAUUAUGGUCAGGACUACCGGAGCAAGUACAAGGCCCCCACCGACUACUGCCUGGCCCUCAAGCACCCUCAGAUCCAGAAGAAGUCACAAUAUAUCAAAUACUUGUGCUGUGAUGAUGUCAGAACUCUACACCAAUGGGUCAAUGGAAUUCGUAUUGCUAAGUAUGGGAAGCUAUUGUAUGUGAACUACCAGGAAGCCAUGAAGCGCACUGAGGCUGCCUAUGACUGGUCUUCUCUCUCCAGCACCAGCAUCAAGUCAGGAACAAGCUCAGUCAGUAUACCUGAGUCACAGUCAAACCACUCUAGCCAGACAGACAGUGGUAUGUCCGAUGGCACUUCGUCCUCCCAUGCCCGUUCCCAGAGUGUGGUUAGUUCAAUCUUCUCUGAGGCCUGGAAGAGAGGGACUCAAAUAGAGGAGAGUACAAAGGCAAGACCAGAAUCAAUCCGUUCUACCCAUUCAAGCCAUAGCACCCAUUCUUCUCAUCAUGUGCCUCAACAGCAGCAUCCACACCUACAGCAACAGCCACAUGCACUUUCAAUUCCACAGUCACGUGGAAGUGUCCAUCAGGCUCCGACACAGCCACUGACACAGGCACCGACACAGGCACCACCCCAAGCAACUCCAGCCCCGCCACCUCCUCCACCACCUCCCCCACCACCUCCCCCACCCCCUCCUAUUUCCAGUAUCCCCCACCACUCCACUCCUACCAUGUUUGCCAAAUACAGCACUAUCACUCGCCUGCAGAAUGCCUCUCAGGCUACCACAAGUCACCACAAGCCUCAGCCUCAAAUCCAGCAGCAAGUGCCACCAGUCCCACCGGCAUCCAAACCACAAUCAAACAAUAUUCCACCAGGGGCUAACAUCCCACCUCCUCCUCCUCCACCUCCACCUGCCCCAAUGCCUCCACCAGGAUCAGCCAUGGCUGUUUUGAAGCUCGGUCCUCCAGCCCCAGCAGUGGUUUUACAGUCCUCCCCUCCUCCCCCCUCACCUCCACCACCACCUCCUGCUCCUCCCAUAAUGCAUAUGCAGUCACAGCCUCUACCACCUCCUCCUCCCAUAAUGCCCAUGCAGUCACAGCCUCUACCACCUCCUCCUUCCCUAAUGCCCAUGCAGUCACAGCCUCUACCACCUCCUCCUUCCAUAAUGCCCAUGCAGUCACAGCCUCUACCACCUCCUCCUUCCAUAAUGCCCAUGCAGUCACAGCCUCUACCACCUCCUCCUCUCAUAAUGCCCAUGCAGUCACAGCCAUUACCACCUCCUCCACCCAUAGUGCCAAUCCAAUCACACCCUUUACCACCUCCUCCACCCAUAGUGCCAAUCCAGUCACACCCUUUACCACCUCCUCCACCCCCUCUCCAGGCUAAUGGCCUUCCCCCUCCUCCACCCCCCUCUACAGUCCAGGCACCUUUCAAAACCAGUGGACUCAAGCAGGUUCUUGCCCACAAAUUUCCCAAUGUACCCCAGGACUUAUUGCCCCCAGCCAAUCAGACCCCUUCUCCUCCACCUCCUCCUCCUCCACCACCACUCCCAUCACCUGCACCUACACGCCCUACUCAACAGCAUGUUGCUCCAGCUCCAAAUCCACCACCACCACCACCUCCACCACCAGGCCCAAUACAGCUGCCAAUUCAACCAGCAGUUUUACCCAAAACUUUCACUGGUGGAUUUCUACACCAAACAGCACCAAAAACUUCAUGUGGCAUUCUUCCAGUAUCACCAGUAGCUCCAUCACCUCAAGCUCCAGCACCACCACCUCCCCCUCCUCCUCCUCCUCCUCCUCCUCCACCUCCACCUCCAGCACCAUUGAAGAACCAACCCCCACCAACAUUACCCAAGCAGCACAGCAUUUCCAAGACGCUGCCCCUCACCAGCCAAACCUCAUCAGUGCCAUCUCUGGUUAAGCAGCUUGCUAGCCAGUUUCCUGUUGCAUCUCCUGCAGUGACCAAUCAAGCAGAGAGUCACAAAGCUCCCCAGUCCCCACCUGCAGUGAAGGCUAAACCGAAAUGGCAGCCUGUAGGUCAAGGCCAACAGCAACAACGAUCACCUGAGUUUCCACCACCUCCACCAGAGAGCACCCUUGCUUUUCCUUCACCACCACCUCCACCACCACCACCACCACCACCUCCUCCAGGUUCUACCCCUCCUCCUCCCCCUCCUCCUCCUCCUCCAAUGUCAGGCUCGCCUAUCAUAAAGUCCCCCUCAGGCUCAUCUGCAGGUGUCAAGAAACCUCCACCGACUCCUCAACGCAACUCCAGCGUGAAGUACAAUGCGUCUGUGGAGUACCAGGAGUCCCGCAGGAACUUGGUGAGCAAGUUUAACCCUAGUUCUGCUUCUUCAUCAACAUCAAGCUCCAGUAUCUCACCCUCCAAAGAGUUUUCUACAGGCCCACGGGCACCCCCCAAACCAGGGAAGCUCAAUCUGGCAAAUCUUCCUUUGGCUUUGCAGAACAAAUUGAAUCAGAACCGCCAAUCAACUGCAGACUUCCCAUCCCCUCCUCCACCAGACAAUGAAUUCUUCCCUCCUCCCCCACUGGAGUCUGACCUCCCUCCACCACCGCCCCUUCCAGGUGAUCCAAAUGGUGUCUCUCCGAAAAUAGCUGUGGUCAAUCCUCAGCCCCAGCCUGCUUGGGGCAAGAGUUCCCUGAAGAAGACGCAACCUCCAGCGUCACUUCGCUGUAACAACACGGUUAGAGAGUCUCCACCACUCUCUCCACCUUUCAUACAAGGGGGCCCUAUUCCCCCAUCUUCUCCCAAAGGCACCACGCAGCCCAACUUCUUGGAGGACCUUAACAAGACACUGAAACGCAAGUCUUCGCGAGUCUUGGGAGACAAAGUGGACCCUGUGGCCACAAUGGAUGACAUGGCUUUGCCACCACCUCCCCCUGAGCUUCUGCAUGACCAACAGAGGCACAGUGGUAGUGGUUUUAUGUCCGGGAAUAUCUCAGGCUAUGCAACGCUACGGAGAGGGCCGCCUCCAGCCCCACCCAAGCGGGACCACAGCACCAAACUAACAAACUAAGACAACUUCACCUUUUCUUGGACACUUUUGCUUGCUUAUUUCAUGUCUGUCCCAUAUAGUUGUAGAGGGGAAGCCAUUAUUUUAUGCUCAGCUUAUUCUGUACAAAACAACUCAAGAUGUUUCAGCUUUACUGUGACUUUGUGACAGUGCAUCAGUUCCAGUUUCAAACAACUGUGAUUUCACUUAAACACCUUGGUACUGCAUGGAAGACAAAACUGCAUCAAAAAAAAAAAUUAAUCUUAUUGAUUUUUGGGAAGACGAAUGUUUUGAACUUUGAGGUUGGGUGGGAUUUUUAAUUUUGAUUUUAUAUUGUUUUUAUAUUAUUGAUUAUUUAAUAAUCUGAAGAGAUUUUAUUAUUUUAGACUGAAGUUUUAAAAAAAAAUAAUAAUAAUAAUUGGACUGUUAUUGUUGUUUGAGGAAUUUUAGAUGGGUAGGUCGACAUAGACUGUGUGUUUGGUUGGUAUAUUAGUUCGGCACCAUUUAUGUGGCAGAUCCAGUGCUCAGUAGAUGCAUCUAGCAUCUAUUCUGAUCACUAUUAUUCUUUGAGCCACUUAAAGUGCAUUUUAAUUGUAAUUGUCAAAAUUGUAACAUGAAGGAUGAGUUGUUCAGGGAGUUGCCUCAAUGUCUAGUUCUGUGAGACUGUGGAAUGUUUGAUUUUUUUUUUUUUUUUUUUUUUUUUUUUUUUAUUAGACCUGUUUAAAUUGUAGAUAUUCUCAUUUGCUGCAGUAUCUUUGUCUAGGUAAAACAAAUGACUGCCUUGCUGUUCCUUGUUAGUCCUUACUUCCUCUGGUGAACAUUCAAGCUGACUUUUACAAAUUGUUCACCUAUGAAGAGAUGGACUUUUAAGUCAUGUGACUGAAUGACACAAUCAUUAUUCACAUAGAUUUAUCUUAUAUCCUGUAUUAUAACCUGUAUUAUUGGCUCAUGAAUACAGCCAUGCCUUAAAAAGAUUUUAGAACAUGCUUAUCAAAAUAUUAUCACCUUACAAGAAAAGGCCAUUAAAAAGUUACAUUUCCCUGUUAGUUUUACCUGUUAAAGGAUUCUAGCUGAUUUCCCCAUUCAGGCAUGACAUCUGCAACUUCAGAAUCUUACAGUAAGCACCAAUCUGUAAUGGCUCUAUAAGAGCUACUUGGCAUAUGUACAGACAAGUAUGCAUAUCUCAUGUCCACAUUUCUUUUUGAAGAAUUUGUUUAUUGAAUGUAUUUACAAUAUCAUGAAACUUUUCAGGUUGUUGAGAAGUGACUAAAUGAAGUUAAUAUUAAAUUAUUAUAGUAUCCGUUCUUGAUCCAUUUAAGGUCUACGAACAUCAUGCUCUGCAUAUCUCUCUGCAAAAUGUGUCGUUUAAAAUGAAAUUAUACAUGUUGAUA